AGCGACUUCCCCCCAAGAAGCUGCCUCGCCCCCAGUCCUGCAAGCAACCCCAUCCCCCGGAACAGUCCCCUCGCCCCGAAGCCCCCAACCAUCUCUGCCCUCAAACCCCACAAAGAACCACCCCUUAACCCUAUAAACAACCAUCUCUCCUCCAACUCAACCUCUCCUUAAAUCCCCAAACACCUUCCAAACAGCCACCUCACCUCAAACCUCAACCAUCUCCCCUGAAAACCCCCAAACGACCUUCCCCAGCCCACCCCAGGGGUGAAAAAUGCAUAUUUUAUUAUUGGCUUCUCGCAAAUAUUAAAAUUAAUGUUAUAUGUGUUGUGUCAGAAAGUAAUGAUGUAUUAAUUCUCUUAAGUAGCGUGUUAAAUAUAGUUUUAGGUUAUAGCAAAAUGUUAAAAUAGAAACUGUGCUAUGUAGGAUACUUUUUUUCUAAAGAAAGGACUCCCACCGAGACAGCAGCCACAGGACACCUGAAUCUUUCAGAAAAAGAGAAUUUAUUGCUCCAUUAUCAGAACAAACAAACUUCUUCCUGCCUCACUCAGCCUUGAAGGCACCGUUUAGGAUUCAGAGGAAGAAGUUGACACUGAUCAGACAGAAUCCUGUGUUUGAAUGGAAUUUAUGCAUCAUGGAUGAGGUGUAUGAACAUGCAACAGAUUAUUGUUUUUAAGGGCUAAUCCUCUGUUAACGUGUGUCCUUCUUCGGGCUUAUUUUGCCCAGAAAGAGGUUCCCGGACUGUCAGUAACUCUUUGUUUCUAUUGUCUCAUAUUGUCCUAAUUCAAAUUGUCCAAAUUAUUAUUACUCUAAUUGUAUUACUAUUUUAAUAACCAUUUUAUUACUAUUAAACUUUUAAAAAAUUUUAAAAACAAGUGAUUAGCAUAUUUCACACCAGGCAAUUCCCUCUCCCUAAGCCCCCCCAAACCACCCUCUCCCUACAAACCAAAGCAAAUCCUCUGCAAAACAAACAAAACCCCCCUCAUAUCUAUAUUGUACCAACACGCAUCUCUUUUUUUUUUCCCCCCCUCUACUCCUUUCCUCCUGCUGCAGAGUUCCAUGCCAGGGAUGGAUUUCACAGAAGCCUAUUCAGACCGGUGCUCAGCCGUGGGCCUUGCAGCCAGGGAAGGGAACGUUGAGAUUCUGAGGGAGUUGAUCAGUCGGGGAUACAGCGUCGAUGUCCCGGAUAACAGGAGGUGGUUGCCCAUCCACGAAGCGGCAGCGCACAAUUCCAGUGAGUGCCUGAAGCUCCUCAUUGAUACAGCUCCAGCUGAUGACUACAUCCACUCGAGGACGUUUGAAGGGAUGUGUGCUCUGCACCUCUCGGCCCGGCACGGCUCUGUGGAAUGUCUCCGGGUUCUCCUGGAAGCUGGGGCUGACCUGGACAAUGUCACCACCGAAUCUGCCACCACCCCACUCUUCCUAGCUGUUGAAAAUAAACAUACAGAGGUUGUCAAGUUCCUGCUCCAACACGGAGCAAAUAUUGAAGGUUCUCAUUCUUGGUCUGGAUGGAAUCCUUUGCACCAAGCUUCCUUUCAGGGUUCCACUGACAUAAUGCAAAUGCUCCUGGAGAAAGGGGCCAGCAAGGACUGUCGUGAUGACUUUGGAAUCACCCCUCUGUUUGUGGCUGCUCAGUAUGGCCAGCUGGAGAGUCUGCGCCUGCUUCUGUCCCACGGUGCAGAUGUCAACUGCCAGGCCAAGGACAGGGCCACUCCCCUGCUGAUUGCUGCUCAGGAGGGACACCUGGAUUGUGUGAAGCUGCUGCUGACUGCAGGGGCAGACCCAAACCUCUACUGCAACGAGGAUAACUGGCAGUUACCCAUCCAUGCAGCAGCUGAGAUGGGCCAUGCAAAGAUCCUGGAGCUGCUGAUUCCAGUCACUGACCGGGUCUGUGACAAGGGCGAGGGCAAAGUGAGCCCCGUCUAUUCUGCGCUGUACGGCGGGGACGGCGAAUGCCUGGAGAUGCUGCUCAAGCAGGGCUUCAGCCCAGAUGCUCAGGAGUGCCUGGACUUUGGCUGCAGGUCCCCCAUGUGCAUGAUCUUCCAAAAGCAGUAUUACCAGUUCAUUGAUGUCCUUCUGAAAUAUGGCAUCACCCUGCGUGGCAUCAACUUGGCUCACUGCCUGUGCCAUAAGAAGUUUGCUCUGUUCCGGCGCUUCCUGAGGUUCGGCUGUUCCCUGCCCUCGGAGGAGGAAUUAACAGACUUCAUCCUCUACAGCAGCACGGUGCAGAAGGAAUACAAGGAAUGGCUGCCCUGCCUGCUCCUGGCUGGCUUCAACCCCGUGAAUUUCAUGCGCAGGAUUUUCUCCAUGAGUGAGGAUGUCCUUAAUUUUGUCCUGGAGUUCAUGAAUUGGAGCAGACUUCCUCCAAUUGUGGAGCAACACCUUUCCCAAUACAAGGAGAAGUUCACUUGGACUUCCAAGAGCCAUUUUGCCUUCCUUCCGUCCCUGUCCCACCUGUGCCGCCUGGAGAUCCGGUCCCUGCUGGGGAGCGAGCGCCUGCGCUCGGAGCGCGUGAUCCGGGAGCUGCCGCUGCCAGCCUGCCUCCAGGACUACCUGCUCUACCUGGAUGUGCUGCGAGCCAACGGCGUCCCAGAGCUGCAGGAUUGCCUGGAGCAGGGCGAGGAGGGAGCUCCUUCCAGUCACUCUGAGGCAGAGGACACGGAGGAGGGACAGCAGUAACACCAGUGAUGGCGGUGCCAGUGCCUGGACUCCACAGCCACAGGUUUUGUAAUGGGAAUCAGGAGACACGGGAGGAGAGCUGCUGUAAAUGUCUCUUCUCUUCCUGUGUGAUCAUUCUUUUCACGCUGUAGUUUUGUACUACAUCUAGAAAUUUCCUAUGGAUUCUAUGAUUUGCUUGUUUACAAUCUGUUGUAGCUUUGUAAGUGAACAUUUUCUGUUUCUUUUCUAACUCUUGGGAAGUAAAAUGAGCUUUUUCAGUGAA